GGCGGAGCGUGCGGCAAACGCGGCGCUGCUGGAGCCGGCUUGGUACGGCGGGGCCGGGCCGCUCUGCUGGAGCCAACGGAACCGGCUGCGGCUGCUGGCGGCGCGCCGGGCCGGGGGGAUGACGCUCAAAUCGAGCCGCGGCGGCGGAGGGGGAAGCGGCAGCAUGAGGACGGCGCUGUCCGACCUCUACCUGGAGCACCUGCUGCAGAACCGGGCCAAGCCCGAGGCCAUCACUCAGGCCCCGAAUGCUAUGACUGAGGACAUUUACACCAAUGGCUCUGCCACCCUGGGCAGCCCUUCCCACAGCAACGGCCGUGAGGUGCGGAAGAUCCGCCUGGUUCAGUUUGAGAAGGUGACAGAGGAGCCCAUGGGAAUCACGCUGAAGCUCAAUGAUAAGCAGAGCUGUAUGGUGGCCAGGAUCUUCCACGGGGGCAUGAUACACAGACAAGGCUCCCUUCAUGUGGGUGAUGAGAUCAUAGAAAUCAAUGGGCAGAGUGUGAGCAACCACUCAGUUGACCAGCUGCAGAAGAUGCUGAAAGAAACCCAGGGGAUGGUCUCAAUAAAAGUCAUUCCCAACCAGCAAAGCCGCCUCCCUGCUCUCCAGAUGUUCAUGAGGGCACAGUUUGAUUAUGACCCCAAAAAAGACAACCUGAUCCCCUGCAAGGAAGCAGGGCUGAAGUUCCAGACAGGUGACGUGAUUCAGAUCAUCAACAAGGAUGACAGCAACUGGUGGCAGGGCCGUGUGGAAGGCUCCGGUACUGAGUCAGCAGGACUCAUCCCUUCCCCUGAACUGCAGGAAUGGCGUGUGGCAAGUGUCACCCAAUCCAGUCAGAGCGAAGCCCAGAGCUGCAGCCCUUUCGGGAAGAAAAAGAAAUACAAAGAUAAAUACCUGGCCAAGCACAGCUCAAUUUUUGACCAGCUGGAUGUAGUUUCGUAUGAGGAGGUGGUGAGGCUGCCUGCCUUCAAGAGAAAGACACUGGUGCUCAUAGGGGCCAGCGGAGUGGGUCGCAGCCACAUCAAGAAUGCUCUGCUCAGCAACAACCCUGAGAAGUUCAUGUACCCCCCACCAUACACCACACGCCCCCAGAAGAAGAAUGAGGUGGAUGGGAAGGACUACUACUUUGUUUCCACUGAGGAGAUGACCCGGGACAUCUCAGCCAAUGAGUUCCUGGAGUUUGGAAGCUACCAGGGAAACAUGUUUGGCACCAAGUUUGAAACAGUGCAUAAGAUCCAUCAGCAGGACAAAGUCGCUAUUUUAGACAUUGAACCCCAGACCUUGAAGAUUGUCCGCACGGCAGAACUCUCCCCAUUCAUAGUCUUCAUUGCCCCAACAGACAAGGCAGAGGAGUCAGAGGCUUUGCAGCAGCUCCGCAAGGAUUCAGAGAGCAUCCGGAGCAGAUAUGCACACUACUUCGACCUCUCAAUAGUCAACAAUGGAGUGGAGGAAAGCCUCAAGCUGCUGGAGGAAGCCUUUGAGCAGGCCUGCAGCUCCCCGCAGUGGGUGCCUGUCUCCUGGGUUUACUGAGGGCAUCCAGCCCCCAUUGCUUCCUAUCAAAGCAUCCUGCAGCUGUGGGGAGCAGAGAAACCUCCUCAGCUUCCCCUGACCUACACCCAGCCCAGCACAGCUCCCUUCCUCUGCUGCUCCAUGGACACAGUCUCAAUUGGCCAACGCUCACAGGGUCUUCAGAAUGCCCCUGCCAGGGAAUGCAGGACAGAGGCUGCCCAGUGAAAUACGGUGCUAUAAGUGAGAGGUAGCAGGAGAGCCCAGGGCAUCCCGACAGCUCAGAGCACAGCCCCACCUUGCCUGCUGAGGCAAAGCACAACCCUCCUGCAGCACCCAGCCCAUCUUAUUCUCUGCAUCAGCCCUGGGGAAGCAGUACAGCAGCCACCUUCCAGGCAGAGGUCUCCUGCCUCUGCAAGAGCAUACAUGGCCCUAAACACCUUGAAAGCCUGGCAGGUAUCAGCGAGGCUUCCCAUAGCACACCAGAGCUCCUCAACCUAAGGGCUUCCUCUCACAAACCAGAAGAAAAGGCAAGCGUGGGUUUGACAGAAGCACAGAGCACGCCAUCCCAAGGCAUGCUUCCUGCCUGCAUUCUGAGGUUCAGGUGGUCUGAUUCACCCUGUGCAACUGUAGUUGUAAGAAUGCCCUGCAUUUAAAUUCUCACCGUGCAGCUUGGAUUGUUACCAGCUGGCCAGAAAAACUCUGCAGCAGCUGAGCAAGUCCUGUGGACCAAACCUCUGAAGGACAGUUCGAUACGUAGAGUAGAUCCAGCCACAAGCAUCUGUUGCAUGCAGUACAAACUGUCUCCUCAGUGAUCAUCCAGGCAUGUUUCCUAGAGUGUAGGCUGUCCCAUACACUGUAUGCUAAUGUAAAAACACAAAGGAGUUCCUUAAGCUGGAAUGUAGUGACACACAAGCUCCACCAUGACCAGGAAGCAUCACCGUGGCCCCUGGGCAGACCAUAACCACGUAGGUGCAAGAAUGUUAUGUGUGUUCAGCAGUCAGUUGGGGGAAGGGGUUUAACAAGUCUCGUGCAAAUUGUUUUCUUUUUUUUUUCUUUCUUUUCUUUUUUUUUAAAAGAAGCCAAAAAUAAAAUCUGUUGAUGUGCAAUAGGGACCUUUGUUCUGAUCCACUGCAGGGAAACGACGAGCAGCAAUAAAUGUGUGCUGAAACAUU